UGGAAGCGUUGUUAUUAAGUUUCUCAUCCUUUUGCAGGGGAACUCGAGGACAAGAGAAGUUGUCAUGAAUCGAUUGCUACAACAAUGGAAGAGAGGAAGUUUGAAGAUAUGCUGAUCUUUACCACAUCAGUGCAAACUGACUUGGGUUCUAUGGGAUACCAUGUAGGCUAGACUUUUGUUUUGGAUCAAUACUUUUAACACUAAGAAAAAAGGCCAUCAUCCACAGAUGCAGCUUCCUCCAUCUUAAUGUAUGGCCAUGGAUCAUGAAGAGGUGCAGACAGAGCUGGACAAGAUUUCCAUGCGGCUUCAGGAGGAUGGCUUGCCUCCAGGGGCCAGUGUUGAGGAGCGGCAGUGCCACCUGUGGCAGCAGCUGCUCGACAGGGAGGCAAAUCUUCAGUCAGCCACCCAGGAGCUGCAGACUCUACGUACCCAGCAGGCCUGCGAGAUGAAGGAGGUGGAGAGCUAUGUUUCACAUAUUCGUGGGCUGCUGGAAGAGCGCGAGUCUCUCACUUCAGAGUACGAGAGAGACAAUGAACAGUUGCGCGAAGAGCUUCAUCAAAUCAGACAACAACAAGAGGGUCAGAGCAAGGAGCUCGCAGAGAUGUUGGUACAGGAGGACCUCGGGGAGAUGGGCUUGAGCAGCCCCAGUGAGCAGGUGGCUUACUUGCUGGUGGAGAGGGCCACACUACUGGAAAGGCUGGAGGCUGCUGAGAGGAGACUGGAAAGUCAGAGCCUUACAGGCAGCUUCAUGGAAGCCCACCACCAGGAACAUAUUCGGCAGACGAUGGGGGAGGAGCUAAGGCAGCACAGGGAGGAUAUGCAGAAAGCCGUAGAUAACAUGACAAAGCAGUGUUCCUCCCAGAGUCCAUGGAAGAAGCUGUUUGGGCUGCGCAGGUCUGGUCAGAGCAAACACAAUAUUACCCCUGCUCACAGUGAGCAGAUUUCCCAGGAGCGAAAUGAGCGCCAUCGGCUGGAGCGGGACCUUGAGGAGGCGUCCAGGAGGCUGGCAAUGGCUCAUCAGGACAUCCGCAGACUCACCAAUGAGCUGGAUACUGCAAAGAACAACAUCCUAGACCCUAGUGGAUCUGAGCUACAGGGAACACUCGAAGAAGUAGAGAACCUGAGGAAGGAAGUGGACAAACUGAAACACUGUGAUAUGAUGAAGUUGCAGCGAGCCAAAGAGCAAAAUGACAAACUAGAUGUUGAGAACCAAGCUCUGAGGGAGAGAGUCCACACUUUAGAGUCUGAGAAGAGAAAUCUCCUGGACCAGUCAGCAAUACACGACACAGAUGUAGAUGUUGUAACCAAAGAGGAUGAAAAGGACAGGAGCAUCAGCAGCGACCCACAAAACAGUCAGUCCGGCUCGCCAACCCAAGAAAAGGAUUACAUUCACAAACGGUGUCAUGAGGCGAUGGAAGACGGGCUUGUUCAGAUGAGGGAGCUGAAGCGACAACUCCAGAGGAUACGCAAGGAACAGGAAGAACUGGAGGAGAGGAAUGAGGAGCUGGAGGCGCUGCUAGGGGAGGCCCAGAAUGCCAGCAAGGGAGAGAGGCAUCGGCACGAGGGAGAACUGGAGGGACUGCACAGGAGGAUCAAAGGACUGGAGGCAGAGCUGAAGAAGCAGGAUGUCCAAGACAAAAUGUUAAAGAAUGGAGAAGAAGUCAAAGCCAGCGAUUCCUUCUUACAGCUGCACCUAAGGGACAGCAGCAUGGAGAGAUUGGCUCUUCUAGAGGCUCGUCUGACGGAGGAGAAGGACUGGAGGAAACAGCUGGAGGUGGACCUCAGUGCUGCCCAGUCCGCCCUCAAAAAAGACAAGGAGGCUCUGCAGAUAGGUGAGCGAGAGCUGAAGAAGCUGAGACUCGAGGUGAACAGCCGUCAGACUGAAUGCCAACAAGGGAAAACACUCAUCAAGAGCCUCACACAGGUCAAAGGGGAGAAAGCUGUUCUGGAGGAAAAGGUGGCGCAGAUGGAGCGUGCCCACAGCCGCCUCCAGAGCGAGUUGGAGCGCUAUAAGGAUGGUAACCGGACCCAGGAGGACAGAAGAGAAAGCAGGCUUCAUGUUGACCAGCUGAAGGAGCAGACUGACCGACUCACUGCUGAACUGAGCAGCCUGCAGACAACACACACCGCUCUGAGGGAGGAGAUGGCAUCUGAGCGGCUGCAGACUGCCGAGCUGCAGGCCAAGCUGAGCUCCUCUGUCCAUGAAAAGCUGACAGCUGAGGGGGAAAGAGAGAGACUGGAGCUCCAGAUGCAGCGCCUCAAAGAACAGCUCAAGUGGCAUCAAGAGCGGCUCUCUUCAACAAAGGAAGCACUCAGUAGCAGUCAGAAGCCUGAACCGCACACAGCUCAUAUAGAAUCUAGUCUCAGUCCAGUGGAGAGAACCAAGGACGAUGAUCAGUUUUCAUGUUUGACGCAGGAGCUGAAUCAUCUGCAGGACAAGCUGGAGGAGGAGCAGCAGCUGGCCGUCCAGCACCAACUGGCCCUGCAGGCUCAAGUCAAUGAGGCGCAGGCACACAUCAAGUCCCAGGACUCGGUGCUGAGCCAGAAGGCAGAGGAGGCCAAGCAGAUGAAGCAGGACCUGCAGAGGGCCCAGAGCUUGUUCACCUCAGCGGAGAGGGAGCUGCGCUACGAGAAGGAGAAAAACAUGGACAUGAAGAGACACAACACCCUGCUGGACCAAGAAAAACUGAAGCUUUGUGCAGAGCUGAAGCAGCUGCAGACCAAGCUGGUCCAGGUGGAGCAGAGCCUACACACACAGGCGGCCGAGUCUGAACGUCAGCAGCAGAGAAUCAGGGAACUGGAGUUACAGCUGGCGCGUAACUCCACAAACCGCAGCGCCAACACCAGCCUGCAGGAGGACCUUCAGAACGAGAGGGCCCGGCUUAUAGUUGCUGACAAGAAGGUGUUGGAGCUACAGCAGCAGCUAAAGAGCGCCCAGCACCAGCUGCGUGUGGAGGAAGCCCGGGCCGGCGAGAGCAGCCGCCUGGAGAGGGACAGCAGAGAUCUGUCUGACACCCUGUCAGCCCUGAGAGCCCAGCAGCAGGAGGAGCACAUCACCAGGAAGCUGUUAGAGCAGCGUGAGGAGGAGCUGCAGCAGCAGGUGCGUUCCCUCAGGCUGAAGGAGGCCUCCAUGACGCGGACAAAUGCAGAGCUCAGCCACCGUGCGCAGCAGCUGGACACCCGCCUGGCUGUGUUAGAGGCUGAGCUCAGCAAGGCCAGAGAGGAGGCACGAGACAGCCAGAAGUCUGUUAAUAGACUGCAGGAGGAGCUGAUGGCCAGUCAGCAGGAGUGUGACAGACGGCACGGGGAGCUGCAGCAACUUCUCCUCCAACUGGACACACACAUCAGGAAGUACAACGAAAAGCAGAGUCAACACAAGAGCAAGCUGCGCCAGGCCAAGCAGGUCUUUCUCAAGGAAACGGCGCAGAGGGACCGCAUCAUCCAGAAACUGGAGAACGACCUGAUGCUGGCCUCCAGCCUCUCACACAAGGAGAAGGAGCAGAUCCACACAGUGACGGAGGAAAAUGAGAAGCUCUUGGAGGAGAAGAGGGAUUUGUUGAGGAAGAUAAGCGAGGCAGAGGAAAUGGGCAGCAACGGUAUGAGGACCGCCUCUACUGUCCAACACAGGGUCAACGUGUUAGAGGUGGAAAACAGGCAACUUCAGGAUCGAACCCUGAAGCUCUCCAACCAAGUCAGUUCCUUAGAGCGAGCCCUGAGGAACGUCCAGUCUUACUACAGCCUGGAGGUAACGCCAUUCAGAUCUAAUACCAAGAAAGUGAUCCCAUCUGAAAAUCUCUGUGAUGGCUUCCCACAUACAUCUGCACUAAGUCUGACGUCCGGUUCGUGUGACACUCUGGACAUCCUGGACGCAAUCUGCCGUGUGAAGGUGGGCGGCACCCGGAUGUCUGUCUCCAGCCACCAACCAUCAGAGCAGAGCUACCUGAAUCUCACCUCCCCAUUGGUUCCUCCAGACAUCAAGGGUCCAGACCUGAGCUCUAAUAACAGCGACCAGGUAUGAGAGGUGGGAGGUUAACGUAGGGAUGUUGCCUGUGUUUGCAACGGAGAGCGAUCAGGGAGGCUCAGAUCUGACCUUUUUAUACUAAAAGGAGUUCCGUUCGAGUUCUGUGCUGGGGCACUUGCAAACUUCCUAAGAAUCCGGUUGCUUUUCCACUGACUAGAGCCCGAGAGGAGCCCCUUCAUAACGACUUCCUGUAGUUCACGGCUUUUCACAACAACGCCGGUGCGAAUUUUUCUCACAAUAAAAACAAGGACAGACUGCAUCGUAGCUGAGCUCUUUUUGCACUUACUCUUACGAAGCAACAUUGAAUUGCAAGACCAUUUUCUCCAGCAACUCUUCCUACACACCAUGAACUGUUGUUACUCCACGUAAUCUCACCCCAGCCUCUGUGGAAAGCCUCUGACGAAUACGGUUCUGGGUUCUUGGUGCAGGCCGAGCAAAGAGUCGAUGCUCCAACUCUAAACCCGCCCUGGAAAUGCCUCUUUGAAAAAGCACUAAAGGUCAACACAUCCGCCACUUCCACUGGAGACUCAAUAUCCCAUAGUAAUAAAUAAUCCUUUGUUAAAAGGCAGUAAUAGUGAACGGGAGCUGCCACUGCGGUUCCGCUCAGGGUGAUUUCUGUUUUGUAUUGCAAAGUGAAAGGUUGUUUGGCUUUUUUUUUUUAAAGUUCCGAGUGAAAGUGUGAGGGAGUUUAAAAAGGCAUGUGCAAGUGUCAAAACAUUUUUAUGACAAAGAAAACAGGGUGUACUGAGAGCUUUGAUUUGGAAGCUAAAAGGGCGGCACAACCUUAUAAAGUACUUAUGUCCCCAAUGUGUGCACACGCCUGCAGGUAGUUCAGAUGUUUGCAUUGGCACACCAAAGCAAUCGAAUACUUGGAAGCCUUGUUUGCUUUCAUGAAAAGUAUUUUAUUUUUUUAUGUUGAGGUAAUAAAUAAGACAAUGUAAUUCACACUAUGGCAGCGAAGGUCAAAAAGGCAUUUACCAAGAGAGUUUUGUGUUUGACUAGUUUUGAAAAUGAGCACUUUAUAUGAAGUUUACGUACUUUUUUUUGUGGAAAAUGUAGCAGUGGAUAAUAAUACUAUAUCAGUAGAAUAUAUUUCCUCCAGUUACAUUUAAUUCUUGCAGUGUUUUCAAUGAAAAAAUGCCUUAAGUGUUGUUUGUAAUAUACGUUUUUAAGGUGUCCAUAAAUCUGAAACACAAGUUUACAAAAUCGUACCUACAGUGGAGGAAAAAGGUAUUUGAUCCCCUGCCAAUUUAGUUAGUUUACUCGCUUACAAAAAACGGAACAGUCUGUCAUUUUGAUGGUAGGUUUAUUUUUAACAGUGAGAGACAUUGAGAAAUUGAUUUGCAUUUAAUUGGGGGAAAUAAGUAUUUGAUCCCCUUGCAACCAACAAGAAUUCUGGCUCCCACAGAGCGGUUAAAUAAGACCUCUCGCUUUAUGAAAGUACUCCUGAUGUCAACUCGUUACCUGGAUAAAAGACACCUGUCCACAGUCAAUAAAUCAGAUUACAACCUCUCUACAAUGGGAAGACCAAAGACACCUUGUGAUCAUGGUGGAAGUAAUAUCUAAGGACAUCCGGCACAAGGCUGGAAUAGGCUACAAGACCACCAGCAAGCAGCUUGGUGAGAAAGAGACAACUGGUUUGUUUAUUAGAAGAUGGAAGAAGCACAAAAUGACCAUCAAUUUCCCUCAGUCUGGGUCUCCACGAUCUAAGAUCUCGCCUAUUGGGGCAUCAUUGAUCAUGAGAAAGGCGAUGGGUCAGCCAAGAACUACACAGGAGGGACUUGUUAAUGAUCUGAAGGCAGCUGGGACCACAGUCACCAAGAAAACUGUUGGUAACACACUGCGCCGUAAUGGAUUAAAAUCCUGCAGCGUGAAAUGCUGAAUGGUUAAGAACACCAUCUCCAGCGUCAAGUACAGAGGUGGAAACAUUAUGCUUUGCGGGGGUUUCUAUGCUAACGGGACAGGGCGGUUCACUGCAUCGAGGGGAUGAUGGAGGGGGCCUUUUUUCGUAGAAUAUUGGCUGAUAACCUCCUUCCCCUAAGGCAGGUUUUGCAAGGGGAUCAAAUACUUAUUUCCUCCACUGUAUAUUGAAUACAACAUUGAUAAUAUUGUGAUGUACUUUAUGUAUAAUAAGAGACUGUGCGGAGUCCAAACAUUGGGGUCCUCUCCCAGAUCCUUCCCUCUUAUAACUAGUCAGUACUUACAGUAUGCAGCUUUGCCUGUGGUUUUAAAAAACAACCAAAAUGUCACAGACGGCUAUUUUUGGUCUAUUUCAAGCCAAGAAAGCAGUUUUUUUAAGACAUUGGUCAACCUCAGUGGUUUCCUCUAGGGACAUUCAGUCACAAAGUACUCUGGUACUAAAGAGACGUGUGUCAUGGGAAUAAAAUACACUAUUUCAGAUCACCAUUUUUUUGUCACUAAUAGAAUUGUACACUUUGGAAAUGUGCCUGAAAUUAUGAAGUGUUUGUUUUUAUCUUGCUGCUGCCUGAACAAGAAAAGCCUUUUUGCGACUGACAUAAAUCUUUGACUUUUGUUGUGUCUUUGUAAACAUUUUUUUUUAA